AUGAGUAAAGAACAAGGCAAUUUGAAACAAGCCUUGGUUGCUGGUGCUUGUGCUGGAACUGCUGUGGAUACAGCCUUAUUCCCUUUAGAUACAAUCAAAACUAGAUUACAAUCACAACAUGGAUUUAUGGCUUCAGGCGGAUUUCGUGGAAUUUAUUCAGGUUUAUUAACAGCCGUGAUUGGAAGUGCACCUGGAGCUUCGUUAUUUUUUGUCACUUAUGAAGCUACAAAACGCGUAAUGGGAGCUACUGUGGAUAAAAGCCAGUAUGCACCAUUGAUUCAUAUGGUAGCAGCCUCAUGUGGUGAAACAGUAGCCUGUACAGUACGUGUCCCUACAGAAGUGAUUAAACAGCGUAUGCAGACAAAGCAGUUUAAAAAGACAUCCGCUGCAGUUUCAAACGUACUACGAACAGAGGGUAUUUUGGGUUUAUAUCGUGGAUUUUUAUCAACAGUGGCUAGAGAGAUUCCAUUUACAUGUAUUCAGUUCCCACUUUACGAAUACUUUAAACGUCGUUAUGCAGUUUUUAAAGGACGUCGUACUGAACCUUAUGAAGCAGCUUUAAUGGGAUCUUUAGCAGGUGCUAUUGCAGCAGCGUCAACUACUCCCUUAGAUGUAUGUAAAACACGAAUUAUGUUGUCUUCAAAGAAUACAAAUCAAUAUCAUAAAAAGCAUUAUGAUGGUAUUAUCUCCACUAUGAAACGUAUCGCUUCAGAAGAAGGUACUCGUGCAUUAUUUUCAGGUAUUGGACCUCGUGUCAUGUGGAUCUCUAUUGGUGGUAGCAUCUUUUUAGGUGUAUAUGAAAAGGCAUUAAAGACAUUUGUACAGCUUCAUGUUUUGGAUGAAGGAUUUUGA